GCUUUCAGUCUCUCGUCAGCGUGUGCCAGAGCAGUCUCCUUUGCUGUGCUUCUCUGAGAAACACACACCAGAACACUCUUCAUUGCUGGUUGGGGGAGAGUGUUGAAUCCUUUCCUCUUUGCCUGGAUCAUGUUGCCCUGGAAAAGGAGUAAGUUUGUGCUGGUGGAGAACGAGUCCAAAAGCAAGCCGAAAAGUCUUGGAGCCGGACUGACUUAUCAUUCCCUGCUUUCGACUUUGCUCCACUCCUGUCCGGACCUUGUUCCCGACUGCCCGUUUCAAUGGCUGGGGAGCGUUUUCCACAGCAAACGCCAGAAAGUGGAGCUCAACAAAGAGGAACCCACCUACAACGUGCGCUACCUGGGCAGCGCAGUCACCAUCAUGGCUAAAGGCGAGGAUUGCAUGCAGGAGGCGGUGGCUAAGAUUUGGACUCGCAGCAACUACGGCGAACAGAGCGCCAAGAUGAAGCUCAGCGUCGGGCCACACGGAAUUCGCAUGGGGGUGGAUAAAGGUGGCAAAAAGAAGCCCGUCCACCUUUAUUCCCUCAACCGUAUCACAUACUGCAGUGCUGACCCCUUCCGGCCAAAGAUCUUUGCGUGGAUUUACAGGCAUCAGGUGAAGAAUAAAGCGGUGGUUCUACGAUGCCAUGCCGUCCUGUUGGCAAAGGCAGAAAAGGCCAGAGCGUUAGCUCUCAGCCUGUACCAAAACUCAACAUCGGCAUUCACUGAGUUCAAACGACUAAAGCGCCAGUCCGACUUCCGUCAUUGCCAGCAGCAGCUGUUGGGUGAGGACAUUGUGCCUCUUAUGCCUCUUCGGAGACUCCUGAAUGGCCAAUGCCACUACCAGCCACCUGCAGAAAAGCCUAGAAGCGCCACACGGCUCGCCUCAAUUACUGAGGAAGAGGAGAAGGAUGAGGAUGGACCGAGGGAUGCUGAAUCCACCAACACGAAAAACGCCGGAACUCCCAGUCCUUCUCCUCCAGAGAAAGUUCUGGGGAAGAUCGUAAAUAGACUGGAUGAGGUUUCGAUUACCAGCUGGGAUGAAGCACAAAUGACUAUCAGCACUCUGGUGUGACGUCAAAUGGAUACAGUUUAGUGUCCUCACAACUGAGCCUCUGUCCUGUCGCCUCUCUUGCCAACCCACUCUGUCUGGUACGUCCAUCGAUGCACCAUGAAACAGCCCCUCGAAACUCGGGAUAAGGUCCGUUGGCAGCCACAAUGCCGCCUGCAGAGGAAGCGUUACACGAGGUGUAUGGAGAGGAAGAGCCAGUAGAAGCACAAUGUAAGGAAGACCACAGGUACAGCAAUCAUCCGGAGUUUGUUGAAAGCUUACACCGAAAGCCUUUAUCUACCCCCAACAUUGAGCAAAGCUUAAACUGUACACCCAAAGAAGAUAAAGCAUUAAUCUUGUACUCUCGUACUCACUGUGAUUUUGUGAGUACAUGCCAAGUGCUUUAGACUGAUGGACUAUGAGAAGGA